AUUUUAUAUGAUUUAGCCCCUCCAGAAAAUAAUAAAAAACCCCUCUAUUUUAAAGUCUUUUUCUUGGGAGUAUAUAUAAGCAGAGCUGCAGAAGCACUCUUUCAGUCUCUGCUGCUGAAAAUAAGAAGAAGAGGAGAGAAGAAGAAAAGGGGGCGACCAAAGUCAGAGAAAAGCCGCAGAGAAUGUCGCAAACCGCCGAUGAAGAUAAGAAACCCGGUGGCGAUCAAUCAGCCCACAUCAAUCUGAAAGUCAAAGGCCAGGAUGGAAAUGAAGUCUUCUUCAGGAUCAAAAGAAGCACUCAACUGAAAAAGCUAAUGAAUGCUUACUGCGACCGGCAAUCUGUGGAUUUUACUUCCAUAGCGUUUCUAUUUGAUGGGCGUCGUCUGCGUGGAGAGCAGACUCCUGAAGAGCUGGAGAUGGAAGAUGGGGAUGAGAUUGAUGCCAUGCUGCACCAAACUGGAGGCUGGAAAUUCUAAUUCCGAAGUCUGUUUCGGGAAAGAAUCCUAUUAGACUUUAAAGGGAAUGUAACCAUUUUGCAUAGGAUGUGUGAUCUACAUAGUGAAUGGUUUGCUUAACUUCUAAGAUUUGGGGUGUUCUUUCUAUCAUAAUAUGGUGAUCUGUGGCGCCAUUCUAACUGUAACCAGUAUCGUUUGGUUGGUUAUCAAGAGUGGCAGAUGAUUAUGUCUAGUGUGCAAGUGUUCCUAACAGUUUACUAUGCAUGUUAUGGUUUCCCCCGUCUCGGUUGGCUUUUGGCAAACAUCAUGAAGAUAAUCAUUCUAUUAUGAUUAUUAUCUUGAUAAAAGCCUGCAAAUGAUAAAAUUUUAACAAUAAAGAGAAGAUUAGUUUGGCCUUCAUGACCCUAUGCCUUCUCGAGUAUGGGAAAGAAUGAUGUGCACGCAUUGAGAAUAAUAAAAAUUACUGGAG